GAAAAAUGUGAGGUUACGUUGUUAUUUGUUUUUAAAUUUGAAAAGUUUAAAAAAUAAUGAGCUCCUUUAGAAAAAUCAACGAAAAACUUGUAACUUUAGGUGUCCGAUACGUGAGCGGCCCUAAAAGAAAAUACCCCAUUAAUCCAGCAUUAGCAGAUGACUUGCCAGUUUUUCAGUAUAAACCGAGCAAAAAGACUCACAGAGUGUUUUGCUGGGGCAACGCGCAAACCGGCGCUUUAGGUAUCAAGGGGCUACUUGAGAAAGAGGCUACCACGUUACGGUUUCCCAAAAGACUUGGUUUUGGGGAAAAAUUUGAGGUUGUUACCGCAGCUGCAGGUUACGGUUUCACCGUUUUCGCAAUAGACAGCUCGACAGACGUAAAAUUGUACGGAACAGGCAUCAAUUCAGACUCCCAAUUAGGCCUUCAUGAAAUUAGAAAAGACCACCCUUUGGAAAUAAUUUUUUAUCCUCAGCCGAUUUCGUUACCCAUUAGAUAUCCAGAAACAACUAAAAUCCUUAAACUAGCAGCUGGUAGGGCGCAUUUACUUGUUCUAACAGACGAAGGGGUGUUUCUAUUGGGCAAUAACGCUUACGGACAAUGCGGCAGGAAAAUUAUACCCAACGAGGAUUAUAUCAAAAGUAAUGUAAUAAAUCACUUGGAUAAAAUUGACGGCAAAAAUAUUGUUGACGUUGAAUGUGGACAAGAUCACAGUUUACUUCUAGCCGAAGAUGGUUCAGUGUAUACUUGUGGCUGGGGCGCGGACGGCCAAACAGGCUUGGGACAUUUCAAAAGUACGGAAAAUUUCAGUAAAGUUGAAGGAGACAUCCAAGGAGAAAAAAUUGUACAGCUAGCUUGCAAAUCUGAUUUUGUUUUGGCUCUGAAUGAUAAAGGAGAGGCUUUUGGUUGGGGUAAUACCGAAUACGGACAAAUUUCGUUGCCGAAUAACGAGCAACAGCUAGCUAAUCCUACUUGUAUUGAUAUGGUUAAUAAAUUGGGUAAAAUUACAAGUGUAGCUAGUGGAGGGUCUUUUUGUUUAGUAGCAAAUGAUUCUGGUCAAGUUUUUUCAUGGGGCUACGGUCUUCUUGGUCUAGGACCCAACGCCGACAUGUCGAAAAAACCCCUGAAAAUCCCCGAAACAUUAUUUGGUCGAAACGAUUUUCAACCAGAUACCAGAGUGAUUAAAGUUAGAUGCGGUUUGAAUUAUUCAGCGGCAGUGACGAAUUCUGGAGAUUUAUUUGUUUGGGGCAGGAAUAGGGAUUGUUGUUUGGGGUUGGGACACGAAAAAGAUCAGUAUUUUCCUUUGAAGGUUGCGAUUGGAGGGUUUGUCCAAGAUGUAUUUUGCGGGCUUGAUCAUACUGUAGCUUUAUGUAAACCAUUUAUUUAGGAAAUAAAUAUAAUUUUGAA